CGUGAGGAGCGUGUCGCCUCUUCUCCACUUUGCAGCAACUGGAGCGCGGAUCGAAUCACGCUUUUCUUCACAGUUGUUACGUCCUGCAUUUUCAUAGGAACAUGUUUAUUUAAAGACAAGAUUUUACUCCGAUUUAACUGUUUUACAUCUGCUGAAAACCGUCCCUGCUGCACCAUGCUGUCCCGACUGUCCGCCCUCCAGAGCUGCUGUGCCGCCCUCAGACCCUGUGUGUCAGUGGUGAGACUGGCCCACACCAAAGAGAAGGGCAAACCGCUCAUGCUCAACCCACGCACCAACAAAGGUAUGGCUUUCUCUCUCCAAGAACGUCAGCUCUUGGGGAUCCACGGUCUGCUGCCCCCUAAAGUCGAGACACAGGACCUACAGGCCAUGCGCUUCCAGAAAAACCUCAAGAAAAUGACUGAUCCGUUAGAGAAAUACAUUUACCUGAUGGGGAUUCAGGAAAGAAACGAGCGUCUCUUCUACAGAGUCCUGAUGGAGGACAUCGAGGAGCUGAUGCCCAUCGUCUACACUCCCACUGUGGGCCUGGCCUGUACACAGUACGGACACAUUUUCAGGAGGCCCAAAGGUCUGUUCAUCUCCAUUAAGGAUAGAGGACACAUACGCUCCAUUUUGGACAACUGGCCAGAGACUAGAGUUGCUGCUGUUGUAGUGACCGACGGAGAGCGUAUCCUGGGCCUGGGGGACCUGGGCGUUUAUGGGAUGGGGAUUCCUGUGGGUAAACUGUGCCUGUACACGGCCUGCGCAGGCAUCAGACCUGAGAAGUGUCUGCCUGUGGUCAUUGACGUUGGCACGGACAAUGAGACCCUGCUGAAAGAUCCUCUGUACAUGGGCCUGUACCAGAAGAGAGACCGGACCCAGGCCUAUGACGACCUCAUCGACGAGUUCAUGGAGGCUGUGGUGGAAAAGUACGGACAGGACACGCUCAUCCAGUUUGAGGACUUUGGGAAUCACAACGCCUUCCGCUUAAUGAGGAAAUACAGGGAGAAGUACUGCACUUUCAAUGACGAUAUCCAAGGUACAGCCGCUGUGGCUCUGGCCGGUCUGUUAGCUGCACAGAGAGCUGUGGGCAAACCCAUCACUGAGCACAGGGUCCUCUUCCUCGGAGCUGGAGAGGCGGCUCUGGGCAUUGCGAACCUGAUCGUCAUGGCGAUGAUGGAGAACGGGAUGACUCAGGCUGAAGCACAGAAGAGGAUCUGGAUGUUUGACAAAUAUGGACUUUUAGUGAAGGAAAGAUCCAACACUGACGCCAACCAGGUGGGAUUCGUACACGACAGUCCAGGAAACGUCCAGAGCUUCUUGGAUGCUGUGAACACCAUCAAACCCACUGCUAUUAUCGGUGUGGCAGGGGCAGGUAGACUCUUCACUCCAGAUGUGAUCAAAGCCAUGGCAGCUCUGAAUGAUCGACCAAUCAUAUUUGCCCUGAGUAACCCGACCGCCAAAGCUGAGUGCACAGCCGACGACGCUUACACCCUCACUGACGGCAGGUGUCUGUUUGCCAGUGGAAGUCCGUUUGGCUCAGUGACUCUGAGCAAUGGACGAGUGUUUACUCCCGGACAGGGGAAUAAUGCCUACAUCUUCCCAGGUGUGGCUCUGGCAGUGAUCCUGAGUGGAGUCAGACACAUCAAUGACACGGUGUUCUUAGAAGCUGCAAAGAAUCUUGCUGAACAGUUGACUGAUAAAGAACUUCAAGAAGGCAGGCUGUAUCCUCCACUGUCCAACAUUAGAGAAGUGUCGGUCCAGAUGGCAAUCAAGGUGAUGGAGUUCGUCUAUGCAAAGGGGAUGGCGUUCCGAUACCCAGAGCCGAUGGACAAGAACAGAUUUGUGAGGUCCACAGUCUGGAACACAGAGUACGAUUCCUUCUUACCGGACACUUACGACUGGCCUGGGGUCAAAUACACGCCUUUAAAGGAGUGAAUUUAAAGUGACCUGCUCCCACCUGACCGCACCCUCAACCAUGUGACCCGCUCCCAAACAUGUGACCUGCUCUGUCCUUUGCCCACAACUACAGCUCUGCUCUAGAUUAGACGCUCCAUGUGAGGUUGGAUAAAACACUCCCGUUAUUAAAGAUGCUCUGUGUAACAUUUUCGAGUGAUGGGGUCCACUACCUGUGACCUGCUUUGUCCGGAAUGUUCUGCAGUGUGGCAUUAAACUUAUCCAUCUAGCGUUAGAUUAUAAAUGUUUUAAUAGCACAAAAAACAUGCCUUCUUACAGUGAGAGACUUAAAACUUGACCUGAGAGUUUAAAGGUGUAAUGCCAUAUUGUGGAACAUUCUUGACAAAGUAAAUCUCCUUUUGGGCCACAACAGUUUUUAGGGGGCGGGGAAAGGAAAUCCUAAGUGUAUUAUUGUCAACUGCACAAAGGUUUUGGAGGAAGACAUUUCACGACUCAUCCAAGUGGCUUCAUUUCUGGUCAGUGUUGACAAUUUGAUCCCAAUUGCUCAUUUCAAAAAAGACCAUGCCGACAAAGUUAGAAUACACUCCACCAGAAAAGUUACACAGUGCACCUUUAAACCAUUAAUUCAACUCCAAGCCGCUGUCGUUUUAAUGUUUAGACCCUGGACUAUCGAAAAAUAUAUUAAAUACAUUGGUUUUAACAUUCCAUUGGUCACAUACAGGCCAAUUGUAUCAGAGCAAAGGGAGAGCAAAAAGGGCAUAAUGAAGUUUAAAUAAUAUAACCUCAAAGCACUUAACGCUGCAAUAGAUAAUCCUCUAACUCCCCCGUGUGGUAGAAAGCAGGAGUGCUGUUACAAACGUAAGAUUUACUCCAGUUAAAAUGACUUGUACUGUGGUCAGUUUGUUGAAAAAUACAGAAAAGGGGAAGAAACUUGGUGCCUAAUUUAGCUGUCUUCUGUAAAACUAAAGAUGAAGGAAUAGUGUUAGCUCAGGAGUGUUUUUUAAAUGAUAGGAAAUGGUUGUAUUUUUAUUAAAAGCACUUGAAUUUAUGAAGAAUAAAAUGUAUUGAAAUGUUUAUGAAGAACUGUGUAAAGCUGCAUCUCAUAACCAGCCUCCACUCCAGCUAAUUGUAUUUAUAACAUAUUGUCAUUAUUUUCACAGUUUUAAGUUGGUUUACACACAACUAUUUGUAAUGAUCUUGUUUGGUAAAUAUUUUAUGCCAUGUAAUUCUUGCUUUGUCUACUAAAAAGUGACUGUACGCUCCAUUCUGCAAGGGAUCUUUGUGUAAAAAAAACAGUGGUUGAAUUGUUAAAGUAUUAUUUAUCAUUAAUUUGUGCAUAAUCUAGUAUUUAAUGUUACUGAAAAUGUCCCCUUGUGUCCCAAUUUUCUGUCCUGUCAAAUAUGGUGCGUUUACUGUUGUAUUUUGUACCGCUGUUGUCUGAAGCACAUGUCAUAUUUUUCUAGCCAAUGUGAGCUGUUUUAGUCAUAAAUAAUAUUGCCUUACUCCAAAUGCUGCUUUCUAAUACAACUAUAACUCCAACCA